UCGCCAACCCUCCAGAACGGGCUAAAGAUGACAGCAACGUCGGGACGAGGAACGGGCAGCUUUCUCAUUACGAAAUUUGGUACGACGUCUUGAGAAAGAAGAACUCAACAAAGACGACAUGAGAAAGAACCUGGAGUACGCGGCAAAUGUCCUGGAAACGGUGUAUAUUGACGAGACAAGAGCCAAAGAACCCUCUUCUUCCUCCUCCUCUACCCUGAGUCAUACAGCGAGACGUCUGUGUGAAGAAGAUGAUGAACUGAGCGAGGUCGAACCGGAUGCAGUCCCCAGCGAGGUCAGAGACUGGCUGGCCUUGACCUUCACCCGGUCUAUGUCCAACAUGAAACGAAAGGGGGAGGACAAACCACGGUUCCGGAGCGUGGCCCACGCUAUACGCGCUGGCAUCAUGGUGGACAGAAUCUACCGGCGGAUGUCCAGCUCUGUAGGGUUGCAUGUCCCUCCUCAUGUUUUGUUGUUGUUAAAGAACCUCGACGACUGGUCUUUCAACGUGUUCGCUGUGAACGAGGCGGCCGAUGGCCACGCCCUCAAGUUCGUCGGCUAUGAGCUGCUGCAGAAGUAUGACCUUAUCACCAAGUUCAAGAUCAACACGCAGCAAUGGCUGACGGACCUGGAGGUGUUUGCGACUCUUGUGGCUGCUCUCAUCCAUGACUUUGAGCACACGGGAACCACCAACAACUUUCACAUCAACACCUCCUCCGAGGUGGCGCUGCUGUACAACGAUCGAGCGGUGUUAGAGAACCACCACAUCAGCGCCGCCUUCCGGCUAGUCCGAGAGGAGGAGCACAACAUUUUAUGCAACCUCAGUAAAGAGGAAUACAGGGAGUUCCGAUCUCUGGUCAUCGAUAUGGUGUUGGCCACCGAUAUGUCUUUCCAUUUCCAGCAAAUCAAAAAUAUGAAGAGCUUACUGGGCAUGCCCGAGAAUAUCGAGAAGUCGAAAGUGUUGUCCUUGGUUCUUCACUGUGCCGACAUCUCCCACCCAGCCAAAGACUGGGAGCUACACGAAAGGUGGACCGGACUUUUGUUGGAGGAAUUUUUUAGACAGGGUGAUCGAGAACAAGAACUAGGCCUUCCCUUUUCUCCGCUGUGUGACAGGAAGAACACACUUGUGGCCGAGUCGCAAAUUGGGUUCAUCGACUUCAUCGUUGACCCCAGCUACCAGGUGAUGGGGGACAUGCUGGAGAAAGUGAUGAGCCCUCUCCACCAACACCCGCCCACGGCUAGCGCCCGGAACAUCGACGAGGCCAUAUCGGAGGAGGUGUUUGAGGGCAGGGAUCGCAGGGACAAAAGCACUAGCACCACCAGCCUGUGUAGUAGACCCAACACGCCCAAGACUCCUGCCUCGCCAUAUAAGUACGAACUCAAGAGACCAUGGGUGGAUUGUUUAUCGUCCAAUAAAAGCCACUGGAAAGAAAAGGCGAUCAAAGAUGCCGAGGAGAGAGAAAAAAGUAAACAAUGUGCCUCAGAGGACGAGCCCGAGAAGCCAAGUGACAGCCGCCAACCACCCAGCCCUGCACCACGAGUGACAACGGCUACAACGGCCAACGCCGCCCCAUCGUCCCCCCAGCCGGCCCCGUCGUCGUCCUCCUCCUCCUCACCAUCGUCGCCAUUACCUCCUCCGUCGUCGCAGAAGCCCAAACUGUCGCCCAAACCAGUGCUGCCCCCUGUCAGAUCCUCAUCAUCGUCCACUAACUCCCACCCUAUGGUGGGCUCAGUCAGGAAGGGCAGCCCGCAGGAUUCGAACCCGAACCCUCUAAAUUCGGGGGAUAAAGUUGCCACCACUGUCUACGUGAGCCGCCAAACGUCCACGACAGGACUGCUGACCAACAUCAAACUGGCGUCUGUUGACGACCGGAAGAGGGCUGGCAGGCAGAAACUAGUGACACCCCAGGGAUCCUCCGUGAUACCGUUAGGAACAACAGCCCAGGGCAGUGACAGUCUUGACGAUGACGUGUUUACAGCCAACAGGAGUUUCCCGUCCGAGGAAAAAAGCCGACAGGUUGCGGAUAAUACGACUGAGCAGAAGAGUAAAAGGCUGGCGAAUUUACCGGAAGUUGCUUCUCUUUCCUUCACAGAUGACUCAGGUUCAGAGAGUAGGAACAUUGGUGACGUCAAAACAACGUCUGCUUGAUUCUUAGAUUUUUCUAAUGUUCUUUAAACAUAAAACAGCAGAGGAUCGCAGUAGGAGCUGAGAUCUUUUUGUAGAGUCUUUGUAAGGUAACUUUUUGUUCAUUUGUUUAUAAUAAUUGUAAAGCACGAAUACUUUAAAAUAGUGCCCUAAAGGUAUAUGACGGUACAUUUUAGAAUUUGCAUCUGUGUGAUCCUCUGACACCAAUAAUACUUGUUAUGAUAUGAAAGGUAAGAAAUGUGGACCAUAAUUGAUGUCCUUGUAGAUCCGGUGUGAUGAUUCAAUGUACAACAGAACAACUAAUUUGGUUGUGUUAGAACUAAGUCAUGUAGCAUAAUGCGAGCUUUGAAACUGGGCAUGCGUAUAUUAAUACGAAAUAAGUAAACUUGUAUUAUAAUGUAUUAUGCUUCAGCUAUAUUUGUCCGAUUUUGUGUGGCAUUUU